AUGUCAAUUAUUAUGAAAGGGCUUGGCCUUCUCACGGGAAAGAAGGCUCCCAAAGAAUUGGUUAGAGAUGCAGUCGAGUGUUUGAAGGUGAUCGCACGAGAUCCAGAAUUAACAACUACAAAAGAUUCAAAACAGCAAAAAGCAGCCGAAGAUUGCGGAAAAGUCCUUUCCGGAAUUAAACAAUUACUUCUUGGUAAUACAGCAGCAGUAGAGAAGGAAGAACCGAAAAAAUCGGAUAUUAAUGAUAUUGCAAAAGAGGCCUAUGACACUGAUUUUCUGUUGUUACUUGUACAAUACUUGGAACAUUUGGAUUUUGAAUCCAGAAAAGAUGGAAUGAUCAUAUUUAACUUUUUAGUUAAGCUUCAAAUGAAUGGACGGUAUACCACUGUUGAUUAUAUUUGUGAACAUGCUCAAAUCUUGACAAUAUUACUUCACGGCUAUGAGAAGAGUGAAGUCUCUCUUUUAUGCGGAAGUAUGCUACGUGAAUGUUUUAAGCAUGAGAUUUUAACAAGAAAGAUGCUCAGUUGUGACGAGGUGUACAAGCUAUUCAUUUACGUGGACAACAGUAACUUUGAGAUGCAGAGUGAUGCAUUUGUAACGUUCAAGGAAUUGUUGACUUCAAGGCAUAAAGCAAUAGUUGCAGAGUUCCUGGAAAACAAUUUUGAAAAAUUCUUUGGAGAAUAUAACAAUCUGUUGAAUUCAAAGAACUAUGUCACGAAAAGGCAGUCACUCAAAACUCUUGGUGAAAUAAUACUUGACAGAUCGAAUUUUAAUGUCAUGAGCAGAUACAUCAAUGACAAAAACAACCUGAAAUUAAUGAUGAACUUACUACUCGACAAGAGAAAGAAUAUUCAAUUCGAAGCUUUCCAUGUGUUUAAGGUUUUCAUUGCAAAUCCACACAAAUCUGCACAAGUGAAGGAUAUUAUACGUCUGAAUAGAGAAAAACUGAUUAACUAUUUAAAAGAAUUCCAACCUGAAAGGGAAAAAGAAGAUGAGCAAUUUUAUGAAGAAAAAUCUCAACUCAUUUCGAUAUUAAUGAGUGAGCAAGAAAAAGAUUCAGAAGACAAGAAUGAACAGUAA